CGCUUCCACUUGCGCUCCUGCGAGCGAUGCAGCUGUAGUCAUGCCGUGUUUUUUCUGCGUGUAAACUUCAUCUUUUUUUUUUUUCAAACUAGUUCACGCACCGUCCGUUCGUCAUGGAGUACUGGAGGCAGUGCGCCGCGUGGCUCAUCGGCUGCAAGGUGCUGCCGCUCAACCAUCGCGUCACCGCGGACACGGCGCAAGUGUUCGACCUGGCGCAGACGCUCCGCGAUGGCGUGCUGCUCUGUCAGCUGCUCAACAACCUGAGGGCGAGCACUAUCGACCUGAAGCACAUCAACCUCAGGCCACAGAUGUCCCAGAACAUUCGCACCUUUCUGAUGUGCUGCUGCGACGUGUUUGGCAUGAAGAAAAGUGACCUGUUUGAUGCCUUCGACCUGUUUGACGUGCGUGACUUCGGAAAGGUCAUGGACAGCCUAUCCAAACUGUCAUAUACAGCAAUAGCCCAGCAAGGAGGAUUCAAGCCUUUCCCCACAGAGGAGAGUCUAAAGGACGAGGACGUUUACAAUCACCUGGAAGACCUGAUUGAUGAACAUGCCAUGGAAGAUGAGGAGGAUUUGUACGCGACUGUAUACACCCUGGAAGAAGACUAUGCAGGGGGAGAGAUUUAUGAGGACCUUAUGAGGACCGAGCAGCAGAAGCAGGUCGAGAUGUCAGACGUUCGCAGUUGCUGCCUCUCCGAAAUCAAGCAGACGGAGGAGAAGUACACGGAGACGCUGGAAUCCAUCGAGAAGUAUUUCCUCAACCCGCUCAAGAGGUUUUUCUCCGUGGCUGAAAUCGACCAAGUGUUUGUCAACAUCCCAGACUUGGUGAAGGUUCACAAGAGCCUGAUGGCUGACGUUCAGGAUUCCAUCCUGAACAAGAACGCUUUGAACCUCUACCAGAUCUUCAUCAGCUACAAAGAGAGACUUCUCAUCUAUGGCAUAUACUGCAGCCGCGUGGAGAUCGCCAUCGCCGUGCUGGACCUCAUCUGCAAGGAGAAGGAGGAUAUCCGGCUCAAGCUAGAGGAGUGUUCCAAGAGGGCCAAUAACGGCAAGUUUACCCUGAGGGACCUGCUGGUGGUCCCUAUGCAGAGGGUCCUCAAGUACCACCUUUUGUUGCAAGAGCUUCUAAAGCACACUCACGAUGCUGCAGACAAGAGCAACCUGAAGGUGGCGCUGGAUGCCAUGAAAGACCUGGCUCAAUUUGUCAAUGAGGUGAAGAGAGACAACGAGACACUCCGGGAGAUGGACCAGUACCAGCGGUCCAUCGAGAACCUGAACCAGCCUCUAAUCCGCUACGGUCGGCCGAGAGGAGACGGAGAAGUGCGCAUGGUGUCCAACUUUGACCGCAGGAAACUGGACAGACACCUAUUUUUGUUUGACGUGGCCGCCGUGGUCUGCAAACGACGCGGCGACAACUACGAGAUGAAGGACGUGCUCGACCUCAACGUCUUCAAGAUCACCGACAACCCCAUGUCGGACAAGGAGGGCAAGAAGUGGUGUUACGGCUUCUACGUGACGCACCAGCAAGGCCACACCAGCUUUGAGCUCUUUUUCAAGACCAGGGAGCUGAAGAAGAAAUGGCUGGAUCAGUUUGAAAUGGCCGUAUCGAACAUCCGACCGGCUCUGGCCAACCAUAACGGUCACCAGUUCAAGAUGCACACCUUUGACCGAAUCUCCUCAUGCAGCUUUUGUCACUUGCUGCUCAGGGGCAUCUUCAACCAGGGCUACGUUUGUUUAAAAUGUGCACUGGCCGUCCACAAGGAGUGCCUUGGUCAGCUGGGACUCUGCAGGAGGACAGAGUCAUCCAAGCAUCGCUCCAAGGUAAGAAGACCUCCGCUGUUUUGUCUUCUUCCACGUUCCACUGAUCCCGUCUCCCGUCUCUCCUCAGGAAGGCACAGCACCUCCAGAUCCAGGUCUGGCAAUAACGUAAUCCGAGACUACGGUGGCGCCCCCUGCCCGCCGCAUGGCGCCCCGCUGUGCGCCCGCACGGGCGAUGUGAUCGAGCUGAUGUUCGCCGACUUGCACAGCUCCUGGUGGCAGGGCAGAAUCCCGGCGAGCGGCAGGAUUGGCUUCUUUCCCAGCGACGCUGUGAAGCCUUGCCCCUGCCUACCCAAGCCUGUCGAUUACUCCGCACAGCUCUGGUUUGCGGGGCCGAUGGAGAGGUGCCAGGCCGAGGAGGAGCUUCAGGACAGAGGGAACAGCACCUAUCUGGUUCGGCAUCGGAGUAAAGAAUGCACAGAGUAUGCCAUUAGUAUAAAGUUCAACGACAGAGUCAAGCACAUUAAGAUUCUGACCAAGGACGGCUGCUUUUACAUCGCAGAGAGUCGACUCUUCAAAACGCUGCUGGACCUGGUGAAGUACUACAAGCAGCACUCCUUAAAAGAAGGCUUCAGCAGCCUCGACACCAAUCUUCGUGUCCCUUACCGGGAAUGCUAUGACGGAAGCUCAUCUUGGGCCAUUAGCAAGACUGGCAGCGUUGCUCCCGGUGGUUGCAGCUUUGUUCCUCCCUCAUCCUCUCCUUUCUGGUCAGUGUUUUCUCCCAGGGUGGUGGCCGUGGCCGUGGCUCGCUACGACUUCAGCUCCAGGGACCCGUGGGAGCUGCCUCUGCUGCGGGGGGACAUGGUCAAUAUCUACUCAAAGAUGGCCAGUGGCUGGUGGAAGGGGGAGGUGGCCGGAAAGGUGGGCUGGUUUCCUUCCACUUACGUGGAAGAAGAGGACUGACUCAACCAGCGGAUGGAUGUCCCAUCCGUGUGACCGUGACGCUGAGUCGCCUCCCCCGCACGCCACGUCUCUUUGAUGUCGCGGGGAGAAACUCAAGAGGAAAGGGCCGCACCCUCCAAACCUUCGCUGGCAGGACUCUUAUGCAGAGCACAUGUCACAUCACGGAUCUGUAUCUGGACUCCCCCCCCCCGUCCCCAUACACCCCCGCCUUCCGUCCUCUCUCUUUGCCUACUCACCUUGUCUUAUUAUUGAUGACUUGGUGGGCUGGUGUGAACGUUGCCUCGGUUGUCGUCAUGUUGUGUUAGCGGGGAAGGCUCAGUCAGCCGACUGGAGGGCAGACACGUCCAGCUGACGGGUGCCAGUCUGAUGCUGGAACUCUCUUGUCUUCACAAGUCGGGUAAAUAAAGGGAAUAUUUAAUUGAGUC